AUGGCUGCGCUAUGUGCGAUGUUGUAUGCGGAUCCAUUGCCGCUGAAGAGAAAGGAGGAAAUGGAUGCUUCAGGUGUAUUGUAUCUCGCUGUAGUCCAAAACUCGAGGAAGUGGAAGAUGGCGAGGGAAGAAAUAAAGAAAGGGAUGCGCCAGAAGAUCGUUUCGGUGACAAAGAAGAAGUAG